AUGGAGGAAGAGAUUGAAAAUGAAAGGUUACUCAGAAAAAGGAGGAGGCAAGAAGCGGAUGAUGAUGCUCCUUAUGUUCCUUCGCCAGAGCAUGUCACAGAAUCUCAAUCAACUCCAAAAGUUAGAAGAAAAGCUGGUGGUCGUAAGAAAGCAACACCAAAGAUCCGAGUUUCGAAGAAACCUCAGAGAAUUGUACAAAAGAAGCAACCUGAAAAAGAUAGUCAAAAACCUCCAACACCUCCACAUGAAACAGCACCACCACAAUCACCUAUACACCAAUCCCCACAAAAACAACCUACUCCUCCACAACAAUCAUCACCACCCAGACUUCCCACACCUCCAAAUCAACCAUCACCUACUCCUCAGUCAACACCACCAUUACCACAACCAUUUGUCACUUCACAAGAUAUCUUCGGCACACCUCCACUCACCCAAGUACAACCUGGUUCUUCUAGUAGAGAAAACAAAAGGUUGGCAGCUGAGAACAAGAAGAUAGCUGAUAGAGAAAAACUUCUUGCAGUUCGUGUGCAGAAGUUAGAGAGUGAAAAUAAAGAAUUGGCAAAGAAAGUUGAUGCUGAUCAGACUGAAAUCGAUAUUCUAAAAGUUCGCGUAUCUGAGCUUGAAGAAGAGAAGAAUCGACGUGAUGAUCAGAACGAAUAUUUCAAGCUUAAGAACAAAGAGCUUGUAGCAGCUAAAGCGUUAAGUGAUCAUGAAGUCUAUAUGCUGAAUAGAGUGGUCGAAAGUAUGCUUGGAACGUCAGUCAAUCAGAGGUUUGAAGAGUUGAAAGUAGAAGACCUUCGUGCUGAACGUCAAGCUGAACUUGAAAGGCAGAUGAAAGAUAAGGGUAAAGGAGUUGAAGGAAGUUCAUCUGUGCCUGAAAUGGCUCUAGUACCUUCAAUGGUUACAGAGAAUCCUGAGCCUAUCUCUGCAGUCUCUGGUUUAUUCGAAGAAGAGACUCCGAUGCAUGAAUUGAUUGGUGACGACGAUGAAGAGGAUGAUGAAGAUGAUGAUGAUGAUGAUGAGUUUGUAUACUCUGCAAGCAGUCAUAGUUCUAAAGGUGACGAUCAUGAUGACGCUGCAGGGGGUUCUGGUGUUAGCGUUACAGAAGCUGCUACUGAAAAGGUCGUUGAUGAUUUGAUGAACGACACAGUGAAUGAAGAAAGUGGUGAAGCUUCGGGAAAGGGGGAGUCAGGUAAGACGCAAAUAGUAGAACAUUCUGAACAACUGUUUUUGCGUUUAGAUGUGUAUAGGGAGAUGCUAAAAGAUGUAAAUCCUGAGAUUUCCUUCGACUUUGAAGAGGAUUUGGAAUCGUUUGAUAUAAAUAAACAGCAAGAUUACAAGUAUGAUUAUGUUGAAGAGGCUGAUCAAUAUGAUCGAGUUGAAGUAGAGGAGUGUUCUGAUAGUGAAGAUGUCGCUGAAGAUACGUCAAAGUUUCCAACGUUGAUGGAAUUCUUCGCAGCAGAAAAUAGGGAAGAGUUGCGACAGAAAGUCACUGAAGUUGUCAAUGAAAAUGUCUUUGAAAAUCUGAAGAAAGAUGCUGAGAAAGAAAGUCAAUCUAAUGUUGAAAAAGAAGAUCGUUCGAAGUGGUUCAAAGACAGUCAUGAGAGAAAGUUCAAGAGGCCUUUGAAGUAUUUCCAAUGUGGUAGAAUUGUUUCUCAAGAGGCCUCGGAAGUGGAAGCCUCAUCGUCCUAG